GAAAACACCUCUCGAAAACAAACUAAGGAGUAAUGUAAUUGAAAAAACGUGUUAAGAAAGCGACAGAAACGUGACAUCUAAGAAAUUCCAAAAAUUAUUUGCCAACUCUCCAUCCCUGUCUGUCCUCCGACAUCAUUGAGGUCACUUCUUAGUACAUAGGACUACCAUAAUACCACACAUCCUUUUACCCCUAGUUUUCCCUUUAAUUUUCUGUUCAAAAUAAAGUCUACACACCCUUUGAUACAAUUUUACAAACAAGUCUUAUAUAUAUAUAUAUAUAUAUAGACCCUAUUGAUCUUGAUUGGUCAUGGGUUGUUCAUCUUCAGUUGCAGAUAGGAAUCAAGGACGGGCUGCUGGACUUAAUCCUGAUAAUGGUGGAGCCAGUGACCCUAAAAAUCUUAAAGUGAAGCUUGUACUCUUGGGUGAUUCUGGUGUUGGUAAAAGUUGUAUUGUCCUGCGCUUUGUACGCGGUCAAUUUGAUCCGACAUCUAAGGUGACUGUAGGAGCUUCUUUUCUGUCUCAAACAAUAGCCUUACAGGACUCUACUACAGUGAAAUUUGAAAUAUGGGACACAGCAGGUCAAGAAAGGUAUGCAGCACUUGCACCAUUAUACUACCGAGGUGCUGCUGUUGCAGUUGUUGUGUAUGAUAUUACAAGUUCUGAGUCUUUUGCCAAAGCACAAUACUGGGUCAAGGAAUUGCAAAAACAUGGGAGCCCUGAUAUAGUCAUGGCUCUGGUUGGCAACAAAGCUGAUCUCGACGAAAAAAGAGAAAUAACGACACAAGAUGGAAGUGACUGUGCUGAAAAGAAUGGUAUGUUCUUUAUAGAAACAUCUGCUAAGACGGCUGAUAAUAUCAACCAGCUGUUUGAGGAAAUUGCCAAGAGAUUGCCACGCCCGUCUGCUGCUUGACUAUCGAUGCUGAUUGCUACAAAUGCUUGUAAUACUAUGUAUAUGAGUCGUUCUCGGUCUCUUCUUUUCUGCAUUCUUGUUAUGACUUCUGAUAAUGUAAUCGCGAUCCUCUUCCAUGAGGCAUCCUGCUAUAUACAACUCUGAGAAUUGAGGAGACUAAAAGCACACUUCAACUUGUGAAAGUUUGAAAUGUUUGAAUGAUUCAGUGAUAUGAAAUUUGGUUAUUUUUAUUGAUAAA